UAAUGCUAUCCGACAAGCGUUUGGAUCCUAUAAAUCAACAAAUGAUAAUCAAAUACAUGUUUCAGAGGCUAUUGUUAGCGAUGAAGACUCAUCUCAAGAAAUAUGUCAGCAAUUAUUUCGCGAUAAUAUAAGUCCCACUUAUGUGUUGGAUGUGACGGAAUCGGCUCAUACUUCACCUAAAGUCAAGAAUAUGGUCCGAGAAAUGGGAAUUCCAACCAUUUCUACGACAUAUCAAUUGGGUUACGGUAUACCUAAAUGGAGAAAUCUGGAUGACGUGGAAAAACAAUACUUAAUACAUGUCAACAGUCCUGGGGAUACCAUUCCUGUUAUGAUUAAAGAUAUUGUCAAUUAUUAUAACAUCAAAACACUUGUCAUUUAUUAUGACAAUUCAUUUAAGUUAGAUCACAAGCAAAAGUCGCUGCUUUUCAACACAAAGACCCGGUUUAUAAUCAGACAAUUGGAGGGAACGACUGUCGAAACCUACGUUAAGAUGUUGGCCGAUAUGAAUAAAGCAAAAUUAAACAACUAUUUCAUAUUUGGCACAAUUGAUACUUUAAACAAAAUCAUUGAAGCGGCAAAUGAAAAUGAAAUGAUUGAAAAGCCUAAUAAAUGGCAUUUUAUAACAAAAGAAAAAGGCAAACUUGAAUGCAAAACAUGUAAACGAAUUGAAGUAAUGUUUUCUCAACCAUUGAAAAGCCGUUUACACGACUAUGAGUUGAAUAUAACUCUGGAUAAUAUCGAUAACAUUAAUAAAGUGGACUCUUAUUUCUAUCAUGACUUAACCCGAUUUACACUUGAAAUCAUUGACGAUCGCAUCCAUGAAUGGCCUCAAAACAUAACUUUUCCAAAGUGUGGUAAACACUUGGAUAAAGAACUCAAACAAGAAAGAGUAAGCUUUCAGUUUGCAAAUGAAUUGGCACAAGAAGUUCUGUACGGAAUGUUUGGCAGAUUUGUGUUUAAUUCAUAUAAAAUGCAAAACAAUUAUCAGGAGAUUAGUAUGAGAACAAACAAAGUGGUCAUAUCGGGUGAAACUAACAAUAAAAAUACAAAAAUAUCUGAAUGGGAAUAUGAAGGACACACCGGAACAUUGAUAUUCACUGCCGCUCAAGAAAAACAAGAAAAUAAAUUAAAACACUAUAAGAUUGUAACCAUAAUUCAAGCGCCGUUUGUUAUGAAGACAUCGGUAAAUGACACCAAAAAUGAAGACUUUUAUGGAUAUUGUAUUGAUUUGCUUAAAGAAAUAUUGAAUCACACGAAGGAAGAAGACAAAUUCACGUAUGAGUUAUAUGUUGUCGACAAAUUCGGUACUAAAGAUGAGUCCAAAAAAUGGUCAGGGAUGAUCGGGGAACUGGCAGAAAAGAGAGCUGACAUUGCAUUGGGUCCGAUAUCAGUGAUGGCUGAAAGGGAAACAGUGGUUGACUUUACAGUUCCCUAUUAUGAUUUGGUUGGUAUAACCAUUUUAAUGAGGAAACCAUCGGUUCCGUCACAUUUGUUCAAAUUUUUGACUGUCUUAGAGACUAAUGUGUGGCUCUGUAUAUUAGCCGCUUAUUUCUUCACUUCAUUUCUUAUGUAUUUGUUUGAUCGCUUGAGUCCAUACAGCUAUCACAACAAUAAAGAGAAAUAUAAAGACGACGACGAAAAGCGAGAGUUUACUCUUAAAGAGUGUCUUUGGUUUUGUAUGACAUCUCUGACCCCUCAAGGAGGUGGUGAAGCCCCUCGUAAUUUAUCGGGUCGAUUGGUGGCGGCCACGUGGUGGCUCUUUGGCUUCAUUAUCAUAGCCUCUUAUACGGCUAAUUUGGCUGCUUUUCUAACUGUUUCCCGAUUAGAUUCGCCCAUUGAUUCACUCGACGAUUUGGCCAAACAGUAUAAAAUUAAAUACGCGCCUCAAGAAGGCACGUCAUCCGCCACUUACUUCGAGAGAAUGGCAGGAAUUGAGGAAAAAUUUUAUGAGAUUUGGAAAGAUAUGUCUCUCAAUGACAGUCUUAGUGAAGAGGAAAGGGCUAAAUUAGCCGUUUGGGACUAUCCUGUUAGUGAUAAGUAUACAAAAAUCUGGGCUCAAAUACAAGAAGCUAAACCACCGGCCUCUUGGAUGGCGGGCGUUGAACGCGUCAAACAAGAGGGAUCUACUAAACCUAAUGAAGGAUUUGCUUUCAUAGCCGAAGCAACAAUGGUUAAGUAUGCAGUUAUGACUAAUUGUGAUCUACAAAGUGUGGGCAAUGAAUUCAGUCGCAAACCAUUAGCAUUAGCCGUACAACAAGCAUCACCACUAAAGGAUCAGUUAAGUAGUGCUAUACUAAAGUUGUUGAAUCAAAGACGUCUGGAAUCGCUUAAAGAAAUUUGGUGGAACAAGAACAAGGAAAAGAAGGACUGCCAGGACUCAAAAAAACAAAGUGAUGGCAUCAGUAUCAACAACAUUGGUGGAGUAUUUAUUGUCAUAUUUAUCGGUGUAGUGUUGGCCUGUAUAACAUUAGCCGUCGAGUACUGGUAUUUCAAAGGUAAGAGAGACGGCGCUAAAGUUGUGGCCAUCAAAGAGUACGGUAAUACUGUUAGAAAUGCACACAACGGGACCGCACCUAUCGGGCAUAUGGGUCACGGCAUACCAGCAAUACCAGCAAUGGGUCCCAUGUCUAUUAGACACUGA